AUGGACGAAGAGCUGAGGCUCGGAAUGAUUACCGCAAAAGAUCAUCUCAUCUCUACGUUUCUGACCACCCUCCUUCUCGGUUCCAACGUCGUUCUUUGUUUCAUAUGCGUGCAGAUACUUGUCAACCGUCAUAGAGACGGCGUGCCCAGCGCCAGCCGCUUGCUUUGCGCGACCGUCUUACACUUAUGCCUGUGUAUUGGCCACUCUGCUGCGUUCUUUGGAGCCGCUCUGCAAGGUUUGGUCAAUCACGCCUCGGAACCCUACGGGGCCGCAACGUACUUCAACGAGCACUGGGCUGGUGGCUGGAAAACGGCCCAGAUCGCCUUCUUCGCUGGUAACGACGCAUGCUAUAACGCAAUCUUGGUAUGGCGCAUACACGUUGUAAUGAGUUCUGACUGGCGUUUCACUAUCCCCACUGCUGCGAUGGCGAUUGGUGCAGCGAUUGGAGGAUUUGGUAGCGCGGUUCGGGCGGCGAUGCUGCCUUGCGAGAUCGGGAUAACGGACUUCUUCACCGCUCUUGCACCCUGGCUUACGUCCUUCACUGUCACUUCUGCCGCCAUGCAGGUCAUAUCUUCCCUGCUCAUCUCUUGGAAGGUGUGGGCUGUGGUGGUUCGCGAUACGGACUCGAAGCCCAGAUCAUGCAACUUCGUUAGUGCCGAGUGCGCAUCUCUGCGCAUCAUCAUCGAGUCCGGUGUUGUACGUGCACUAUGCGGUAUAACGCUUGUUCCAUUUGCUUGGGGGGAUAGCAUGGGUGCUGUCAUCGUUGCAGCUGUUGCGUGCCAAGUCGACGCUACAGCAUCCUAUCUUAUCAUCAUCCGGACAGAGUCUUUGCGUACUGGAAAUACACGUAGACCAUCCACGAAUUACUUAUCCGAUGUGCCAUUGGACUCGAUACAAUUGACUGAGUUUACGAAGACGCGGGACAUCACUCAGCGCAGAACAAGGGCGGCCAGUGUUGGAAGCUCUAUGGCCUGA